GCGAGGGAGCGUCGCGCCGGCAGCAGGCGCCGCGGCCAUGGAGGGGCGGGAGCCGCUGCGGGAGCUGCGCGGCGCGCUGCACGCCGUGCUGGCGCGGGUCCGAGAGGGUGAACCGGGCGAGGGCCGCGAGCCGUUCGAGCUGCCGCGCUUCUGGGACGCGCUAGGUCAGACAUUCAAAGUAACAUCACAGGAAGCUACAAAGCUGAGUCUGGCGUUCUCAAGGGCUCCACAGAUUUCUGCAGAGGAUUGCCAGAAGCUGAGUGAAGAUGUCCAAAAUGCCAUUCUUGCAGUUGCCACAGUGUACUACUGGCUCCCCAAGGGCCAAGGUACUACUCUUCGGAAGAUGGUACGAGAUGCAACCACUGACGUGGUGGAAGGAAUGAUACAACUCACAGAAACAAUUCUCAGUUCUCCAUUGGAAAGCUUGUCUCAAGAACAGCUUAUAUCGACUGGUGGUGUGUGGGAGGCGUGUGAGCAAGUGUACAACCUGCCACGAGAUAACCAGGCAGCAGUUGUGUCAGCUCUGACUGUAUGUCUAGGUGUGGUCAAGGAUGCUGUGAAGGAGAUGGAACAUGCUCUGAUGGAAGGGCAAGACCCCUACAGUGACAUCAUGGAAGAUGAAGAGCUGGGAUUUCGGGGCAACAGAGAUACAUAUUGGUCAGAAGCUGACCGGAAGCUGCUUAGCUCUUGCAUGGGAUUAAUGAAGGCUUCUAAAGCUUGUCUGAAGAAGGUCUUGGGUGUAGUGAAGGCAUAUGGUAAAGCUGAUUCUUUGGAGCAGAUCGCUCAACUGGAUGAUCUUGCAGACAUUGCUAAUGAGAUCAGUCCAAGUGUUGAUGAGAUGGCACUGAGCAUGUAUCCACCUGUGAACCAGUUGGCUGUGAGACUCAAUGACAAGCCAUGUAUGUCUACCAUCAGAGGAAAGCUGGGUGCAGUUUCUAACUGGUGCAGUAGAUCACAACAUGAACAAAAUCAAGAACUUCACACAGGGUCAACUUUAGCUCUUCCAUGUCUACGUGUGUUGCUGCCGCUGGCUCUGGCAUAUGUUUUUCCAGUGAAUGUCAUUGUUCUCCAGCUAUUGGGAGAACGAUAAGAACAAUGUUUUUAGGAGAGAACUGCUGCCACUCAGUAAAACCAUUCCAGGAAAUUGCCCUUUGCCAUUGCAGAAAGUGUCAUUUUGCUUGGAUCCUGGGAUGGUGUGGUGCUGCAUCCCAGUGCUGUCAAUGUGCCCCAUUCUUCAGGCAUUACAACUACCGUGGAGUUAAAUGACCAAUAAAAUAUGAAUAGAUUUGCA